UAAAUAUUUAACAAUGAUUCGUGCGUUGUCAAGAAACAGCAUCUACAUUCCUCAGUUACAGAAAGUGAGGCACUUAGUAACAGAUCCAAAAUAUGGAUUCUUAAAGCAGUUAGGCCUUACAACCGAGAAUCCGGGUCUUUAUGAUGGACGAUGGGGAGGAUCUGGCAAAGUAUUCUUUUCUGUUUAUUUAAUCAUAUCGUAAUAGAAUCAAUUUCACCAGCAACUGGUAAAGUAAUAGCAAAAGUUCGAACAUCAACACCUCAAGAAGCAAGCAAUGCUAUUACAGAAGCUCGUAAAGCAUGGCCUCAGUGGGCAUCACUGCCAGCUCCUACAAGAGGCGAAAUAAUGCGGCAAAUAGGAGAAGAAUUACGAAAUAAUUUAAAACCACUAGGACGAUUAGUGUCUUUAGAAAUGGGCAAAAUAUUGCCAGAAGGUAUUGGCGAAGUUCAGGAAUUUAUUGACAUAUGUGACUAUGCUGUUGGCUUAUCUAGAAUGCUCCCUGGUAGUAUAUUUCCUUCAGAAAGGAAAUAUCAUGUACUUUUUGAGAAGUGGAAUCCUCUUGGAGUAGUUGGAGUUAUUUCUGCAUAUAACUUCCCUGUUGCAGUAUAUGGUUGGAACACUGCUAUAGCAAUGGUGUGCGGAAAUACCAUUGUUUGGAAAGGUGCACCUACUACCCCAUUGACUUCUAUUGCAACUACAAAAAUAAUUGCAGGAGUAUUAGAACGAAAUGGUGUACCAGGUUCGGUUGCAUGUAUGAUAACAGGUGGAUCAGAUGUUGGUGAAACUAUAGUUAACGACACACGUGUACCUCUAGUUUCAUUUACUGGAAGUACUGAAGUUGGUAGAAAUGUAGCUGUUAAAGUUCAGCAACGAUUCGGAAGAUCAUUGUUAGAACUAGGAGGCAACAACGCAACAAUAGUUGCUCCAGAUGCAGAUCUAGAAAUGGCAGUUAGAGCAGUAGUAUUUUCCUCUGUAGCAACAGCUGGACAGAGAUGUACCAGCACUAGAAGAGUAAUUCUUCACAGCAAGAUAAAAGAUGAAUUUUUAGAAAAAUUGAAAACGGGAUAUAAGAGUAUUUUGGAACGAGUAGGAGAUCCUUUAGAUGAUAAUGUUUUGUAUGGACCAUUACACAAUCAACAAACAUUAGAUAAAUAUAAGCAAGCAAUAAAUAGUGCUUUACAAAAUGGAGGGAAAAUUGAAUUCGGUGGAAAACAGAUAAACAGAGUUGGCUUUUAUGUUGAACCAACCAUUAUUACUGGUUUAUCACCUAAAGCUGAAAUUGUUCAAAGGGAGACUUUUGCACCAAUUGUAUAUAUUCUUGAAGCAAAUUCUUUAAAAGAUGCUAUUGCUAUUAACAAUGAUGUACAACAAGGAUUAAGUAGUACUCUAUUUACCAAGGAUGUAGGAAAUAUGUUCCAGUGGUUGUCUGCACAUGGCUCUGACUGUGGGAUAGUAAAUAUUAAUAUUGGAACUAGUGGAGCAGAAAUAGGUGGAGCAUUUGGGGGAGAGAAAGCUACAGGUGGUGGACGCGAGAGUGGAAGCGAUGCAUGGAAGAAUUAUAUGCGACGUUCGACUAUAACUCUUAAUUGUGGAAAUGAAAUGCCAUUGGCUCAAGGCUUGAAAUUCGAGUAAUUAGAAUAUACAAUUUGUGUCAUGAAAA